CACGAAGUUGCGCGUGGCCGACCUUGCCGUGCACAAGCAGCCCACCAUGGAGGACCGGCGGGGUGCAUAUCAUCAUCCGCAACCGGGCUGGAGACCGCCCGCCACCGACCUUCGAUCCCGCCCCCCGUAUGCGUGUGGAUGCCCCGCGCUUCUCAGGUGACGACCCCACCGGUUGGAUCUUUCGGGUACAAAAGUAUUUCGACUACUUUUUAACCCCUGAAUCAGAGCGGCUACAGUUGGUGGCCAUGUUGAUUGAUCACCCGGCCUCGGAGUGGUUUCACUACUUUCAAGCCAACAACCCCGAAGCAUCCUGGUGCGAGUUCUUGGAGGCCGUGCACCAACGGUUUGAUCCGGAUUAUUAUGAGAACUACAUCGGCCUCUUGUCCAAACUCACACAGACGUCGACUGUUAUGGAGUACCAAGCCGCGUUCGAAGCCAUCCUCAAUAAAGUCUCCGGCGUUCCCGACGCAACCCUAAUUGCAAUGUACGUGGCAGGUCUCAAGCAGCCCCUGCGUCGUGAGGUAAACCUUCGUAACCCGUCAACUCUGCAGUCCACGUUUGCCCUUGCCCGGGAGCUUUCGGCCUGCCAUCAGGAUGCGGCUACCUCUUUUGCUAGCCCAGGCCGUCGGCCAUGGCAAUCUCGUCCCACCACAGGCCUUUUACCCACCCCUACUACCGCAUCAAAACCACCAGUGCCCCCUGGCCGCACCAGCGACAAGCCCCCAAAUCUCCCUAUCGUUCGGGUUACAAACGCAGAGAAAGCCGAACGUAAUAAAAAGGGUCUGUGCUGGUAUUGCGAGGAGAAGUGGACGCCGGGGCACCAUUGCAGACACCGUUUCUUGGUUCUCAUGGGUCCAGAUGAUGAUGACAAUCCCGUGGCUGAACCCGACCUGCCGGAUGAUCCCCUCGAUACAGCCGUGAUUGAAGCUGAUAUUUCUAGCAUGCACUCUCUCUCGGGUAGCCCCAGCCCCCGGUCCCUUCGCUUGGCAGGCAUGGUGCACAACGGGGCGGUCCAGGUACUCUUAGACAGUGGGAGUACCCAUAAUUUUAUUCACCCCACGGCGGCCGAACGGUUGGCCUUGCCAUUGCACCCAGUGUCUCCGUUUCGGGUCUACGUGGGCAAUGGUGAUUCUCUGCGCUGCACGUACUCCUGCCCCGGUACUCCCCUUUCCUUGCAAGGACAUUUAUUUCAGGUGGAUCUAUAUAUGUUGGAAAUACACGGGCCGGAAAUAGUUUUGGGUAUUCAGUGGCUUCAAACACUUGGCAAAGUGGCGCACGAUUACUCGCAAAUGACAAUGGAAUUUUCAUGGAACGGGUCAAUGAUUACGCUACGGGGAGAUCCUGCCACACCCCGUCCCUUAACUUAUAGCCAAUUUUGUCGCCUAGCAGCAUCACCGGAAGCCUGUGAACUGUACGAACUCCUGCCCAUUGCGUCAUCUGAACCCGCACAGGAGCCCACUGCCGUGCAAUUCCCAGAUGCUGUGCCCGCUGCCUUGCGGCCAGUUUUGGAGGCCCAUGCUGAUCUCUUUCGCCUCCCGCAGGGUCUACCACCGUCGCGGGGGUGGGAUCAUCGCAUUUAUUUAGCUCCUUCGACACGCCCGAUUAAUGUCCACCCAUACCGCUACUCGUACUUUCAGAAGACGGAAAUCGAACGGCAAGUUAAGGAGAUGCUGGACCAGGGCCUUAUCCGCCACAAAAACUCCUCCCUGCCAGACAUCCAGGGCCUUCACUCCGCCGUAGCCAACGGUACCGCACCAGCAGAUCUUUCUGUGCAUGGAGGUUUUCUCUACUUCCGGCGUCGGUUCUACGUCAGCCCUUCGUCCCCCCUACGGGACUUACUGCUGCACGAAUUCCAUUCCACGCCGAUCGCUGGACACCAGGGCAUGGAGCGCACAUUCCGUCGUUUGGCCGAGGUGUUCUACUGGCCGCGCAUGCGCCAGGAGGUGAAGCGAUAUGUGGCAUCUUGUGCGGUCUCUUAUCACCCGCAAUCCGAUGGCCAGACCGAGGUGAUGAAUCGGAGUCUUGAGCAAUACCUCCGGGCAUUCACGUUCGAGCGACCGGGCAAGUGGGCGACGUUCCUGCCAUGGGCUGAAUUGGCGCUCAACUGUAGUCACCACGCCGGCUUGAGUGUCUCACCGUUUCAGGCUCUCUACGGCCGUCCACCGCCGUCUCUGUUCCCCACCCUAUCUCUCCGCUCAAAGGAUCCACAUGUGGAAGAGUUAUUGCGAGAUCGGGCGGAAUUGUUGGCUGACCUCAAACAACACUUGGCAAAGAUGCAGCAACGAAUGAGGACCCAGGCUAACCUACAUCGACGGGAGGUAAACUUCGCCGUGGGCGACUUGGUUUUAUUGAAGCUCCAACCUUAUCGGCAGCACUCCCUCGCUCGGCCGUUAUCCUCUAAGCUCGCUCGGCGCUUUUACGGUCCUUUCGAAGUGCUGGAGCGCGUGGGUCUUGUUGCCUAUCGAUUGCGCUUGCCCGAGGGGUGCCGCAUUCACAAUGUCUUUCAUGUGUCCCUACUCCGCCCAUUUGUUGCUCGUGAUGGCAGCUCCCCAGUUCCUACUUUGCCGGCAGAAUUCUUCAAGGGCAGGCCAGUGUCAUGGCCCAUAGCAGCAGUGGAUAGCCGUGUGGUGUUGGUGGCGGGUGAAUCGCAGGAGCAGUGGCUUGUCCGAUGGUCUGACGGUUUGGAUGAUCAUAUGACGUGGGAGCCAGUCACCACUCUCCGUGAUCACUUUCCCGACUUACGCCUUGAGGACAAGGUCGAACCUAACCCCGGGGGAGUUGAUACGGACACAAUUGGUCCUCAUGCGGGAAACGUUGCAGCUUCGGGACGUCCACGUAGGAAGGUCGGGCCACCCCGACGUUACGAAGAUUAUGUUUAGCACUUUAAUUAUUUAUUUAUUAUUGUAUUUUAGAUUUUAUUAGGUGAGCAAAAUUAUAAUGCUCCUUCGAGGGUUUCUUUUCGGUUCUUUACCUCGUCGCUUUUUAUUGAACCGACAGGAUAGAAAACUAGAUAAUUAGGCUCGGGGAAAAACAUAUUU